UUCUUGAGAAACAAGCUGAGAAUAAUAAUUGGUUCGGUGUGUGGGCGAUUCAAAACACUGCCACAUUCCACAUUGUAGUACUCAUUGUAGUUAGUUUUUGAAAUUGAAAACCAGCUGAUCAGCUGACGAUUGAACUUUUGUGUUGCCAAAAAGGGGCAAUAUAUAUAGGUUAUGACGGCGUCACCGUCGGAGGAUUGGCAGUGGGAGAAUGCCAUCGCCGGCUCUGCCGCCGGUCUUGUUACUGUUUCUUUCUCUCAUCCCCUCGACGUUGUUCGUACCCGCUUCCAAGUGAACGAUGGACGAAUGUCGAAUCUUCCAACCUACAAGCACACUCCCCACGCUCUUUUCAAUAUUGCUCGCACUGAGGGUUUUCGAGGUCUUUAUGCAGGGUUUUAUCCUGCAGUUCUUGGUUCAACUGUUUCAUGGGGGUUAUAUUUCUUCUUCUAUAGUAAAGCCAAACAAAGGUACCUAAGUAGCAGGGAGGAGCUAACCCCAGGCCUUCAUCUUGCUUCAGCUGCUGAAGCAGGAGCAUUGGUCUCUUUAUGCACCAAUCCGAUCUGGCUAGUGAAAACAAGAUUGCAACUUCAGACACCUCAGCAGCAUACUCAACCAUAUUCUGGCUUCCAUGGUGCUAUAAGAACUAUACUAAAAGAAGAAGGGUGGAGGGCGCUUUACAAAGGACUUGUUCCUGGUCUUUUUCUGCAGGUUACUCAUGGUGCUAUUCAGUUUACGGCAUACGAAGAGCUUCGUAAAGUUUUUGUUAACUACAGGUCUCGAGAUGAUGAAACAAAUAUGAAUAGUGAUAAUUUGUUGAGCUCUGUUGACUAUGCAACACUUGGAGCUUCCUCCAAAUUAGCAGCAGUUCUCGUAACAUACCCAUCACAGGUCAUGCGUGCUCGAUUGCAGCAACGACCAAGCAUAGAUGGUGUUCCGAGAUAUUCCGAUAGCUGGCAUGUUAUAAAAGAAACUGCAAGAUUUGAAGGUCUUCGAGGUUUCUACAAGGGUAUUACAGCGAACCUGUUGAAAAAUAUCCCUGCGGCUUCAUUGACAUUUAUAGUGUACGAGAACGUUUUGAACACGCUAAAACUGGCAAGGGUGAAGGACUGACUGACAAUAGAUGUCAAAGGAAAAGGACUAACAUCAUUUAUUUCAUGGGUUUAGAUUAGUAGGUGUUCAUUAUUUGUUCUACUGCUUGUAGUAACUUGUAAGCAAUAAUAUGUGCAGUAGCAAUAGGAACAUAAGUUUUAGUUUCUGGCCGUGACAGAUCAAUAUGAUUUUUUGGAUGCAAAGUAUAAAUCAUAUCGUUGCAAGCCUGUCAUGUAAAUCACUAAUGGAAAUUUAUUUAUUUCUUGCAUCAGAUUUUUUUUAA